AAGUAGGAAUGGGAAAAUAAGAGAGAGAGAGAGAGAGAUUGAGAUUGAAAGGUGGUAGGUGUGAGAUAGACCAAAGCCAACUUCACCCACACACACACACACUUCAUCUUCAACUAACACUGUAUAAAACCCCUUCUCUCCUCAUUUCUUAUUCCUCGGCUUGCACGUUCCCUUCUCGCGGAGAACAACAACAAGCUUCUGAAUCUCUGCUCCCUCUACUUCAUCCAAAUUGCACUUUCGCCCCAAACCAUGCAAUCCCUCGCUCAUUCCUCCUCACCUCUAGAUCUCAAAUCCAUAACCCGCUUCACCCCCAACCGGGUCAACCCGACUCGCUUCCCCAUCCAAUGCGCCUCUCCGCGACACGACGCAUCCAAUCCCACCCCCACCGCCGCCCAAUCCCCCGCCGCCGGCUUCGCCCAAGUCAGCCGCCGCUACGAGUGGCAGAGCACCUGCGCCAUUCUCGCCGGCAAGGUCGUCUCCCAGCAGCAGGACAUUGAGAAGUCCGGCGGCGGCUCCGACGUCCUCGCCGCCGUCAACGGCCACUCCUCCUCCCUCGACCUCGUCCCGGCGCUGCCGAAGCCGCUGACCAUCGCCGACCUCUCCCCGGCGCCGAUGCACGGCUCGCAGCUCCGCGUGGCGUACCAGGGCGUCCCCGGCGCAUACAGCGAGGCCGCCGCCGGGAAGGCCUACCCGAAGUGCGAGGCCAUCCCCUGCGACCAAUUCGAGGUGGCCUUCCAGGCCGUGGAGCUCUGGAUCGCCGACCGCGCCGUGCUGCCGGUGGAGAACUCGCUGGGCGGCUCGAUCCACCGCAACUACGACCUCCUCCUCCGCCACCGCCUCCACAUCGUGGGGGAGGUGCAGCUCCCCGUGCACCACUGCCUCCUCGCCCUCCCCGGGGUGCGGCGGGAGUACCUGCGGCGCGUGAUCAGCCACCCGCAGGCGCUCUCCCAGUGCGAGCACACGCUCACGCGCAUGGGCCUCAGCGUGGCCCGCGAGGCCGUCGACGACACCGCGGGCGCCGCCGAGUACAUCGCGGCGAACGGGCUGCGCGACACGGCGGCCAUCGCGUCGGCGCGCGCGGCGGAGCUGUACGGGCUUCAGGUGGUGGCGGACGGGAUCCAGGACGACGCGAGCAACGUGACGCGGUUCGUGAUGCUGGCGCGGGAGCCCAUCAUACCGCGCACCGACCGGCCGUUCAAGACGAGCAUCGUGUUCGCGCACGACAAGCAGGGCACCAGCGUGCUCUUCAAGGUGCUGUCGGCCUUCGCCUUCCGCGACAUCAGCCUCACCAAGAUCGAGUCGCGACCCCACCGCAACUGCCCCAUACGCCUCGUCGACGACGCCGACACCGGCGCCACCGCCAAGCACUUCGAGUACCUCUUCUACAUAGACUUCGAGGCGUCCAUGGCGGAGGCGCGUGCGCAGAACGCGCUCGCCGAGGUACAGGAGUUCACCUCCUUCUUGAGAGUGCUCGGCAGCUACCCCAUGGAUAUGACGCCAUGGGCGCCUUCCUCUGCUCAGGAUUGAUUUCUCUUUUCUUUUUUCUUUUUUUUUUUACUCCUUUUCAAUUUUCAUCUCUAGGUUAAUUAAUUUAAUUCUCUUUUUAUUAUGUCACUUGUAUAUUAGUAUUGUAUCAUUUUGAUGUAUAAAUAUUGGAUCUUGGAUAUCAAAAA